CUUUACUUUUUCUCUUUUGCGCUUGCUUCAGCCAGCAUUAACUGUCUGUGGCUGAAAUAAAGCACAUAUAACCUAAUUAAAUUAUUGGAUUUUGAUAUUUACCGCUGCAGUUGUGAUAAAAUAGUUUAUUGAUUGAAAAUUCAAUAGUUUUUAUCUACACCAUACCAGAAAUCACGAUUUUAUUCAAAUUAUUUACGACAAUGGUGCAGAAGGGACCUCGUCCUUUAGUAUUGUGUGGACCUUCGGGGUCUGGGAAAAGUACAUUACUAAAGCGCCUCCUAAAAGAAUUUCCUGAUAAAUUUGGAUUUAGUGUGUCUCAUACAACGAGAGGCCCCCGGUCUGGCGAAAAAGAUGGUGUUCACUAUCAUUUCACAACAAAAGAGGAAAUGAUGGCUUCUAUCGCAAGAGGAGAAUUCUUAGAGAGUGCAACAUUCAGUGGGAAUAUGUAUGGUACUAGUAAACGAGCUGUUGAAGAGGUUCGUCGUACUGGUAAGGUCUGUGUCUUGGAUAUUGAUAUAGAAGGUGUCAAACAAGUGAAAAACACAGAUUUGAAUCCAUUACUUGUAUUUGUGAUGCCUCCUUCUAUUGAUGAAUUAGAGAGGCGUUUACGAGCCCGCAACACUGAACAUGAAGAAGCUUUGAGGAAAAGAUUGGAUACAGCUAUAAGAGAAAUUGAAUUUGGUCAACAGCCUGGAAAUUUCCAUAUUAUUAUACUUAAUGACACAGUGGAUAAAGCAUAUGCAGAACUUCGAGAAUUUAUUACACAGAAUGUCGAAGAUAAAGAUCAAGACACAGUGGCUGAUGAAAACAACUCGAUUGAAAAGUGAAAAACUUGCAUGAAGGAGCAUGAUUUUGGCAGCUAGAGAAUUUUUCGAGCAACAAUUGCACUCGUUUUUAACGUUACUCUAUAAUGAAUGUUAAGUGUUUAGUAACGAUGUAAUUUAUGUAUUGCCCCAAAAUAUAUAACAACAAAAGAUUUUAAAUAAAUAAUAAUGCAAACUACCUCCUAAAAUGUGUAGUAGUCAGUAUUUUAAAUGUAAAUGUUAGAAAAUAUAAGAAUGCUUUAAAUAAUAAUAGUUCUUUUUGCGAGCAUUAAUUCUUGUUAUAUGUAUAUUUUGGUGCAUGUUUAGUAUUUUUAUUCUAAUGUAAUUAAUAAGCAAGUGUUUAAGCUUCUAAAGUCUUAAACACCAUAAUGUUGCCAUAAAUUUUAAAUGGCAGAUCUACUUUAAAUCUAACGCGCGCAAAUUGUGAUUACCUUUAAAUUUUAUCCGGUACUACGGUAAAACCGAGGUUUCUGGUGUGUACUGAAACAAAAAAUGUUUGUUGGCCUUGAAUAAAACGAUCAUUAACUGAAUAAAAUGCAUAAUCGUAGAAUUAUUAUUUGUUAGAAUAUUAAAUACAAUUUUAGUUUAAAUAUUAAUACCUAUGAAAUCAAUGUAUGAAAAUAAACUUCGUCACAUAAAAAAGCGCUACUAAUUUUUAAAUGUUAGACAAAGAAUUGCAUUGUUAUUAACCUAUAGAUAGGAGUGGUAGAAUCAGUAGUAUUUAUAAUAGCUAUUAUUAUAUAAUCAUAAUUAUUGUGAUUUGUUGGGAAUAUUAUUUAUGUAGGCGUUGAAAAUAAUUACGUUAUGAAAUCCUUCCCAUAAACAAAAAUUUCAAGAAUUCUUGUAAUUUUGUGCAAUUUUAUGGGUUCUUAUUAUUAUUAGGUACUUAAGAUUUCUUUAAGUCAAAUUGUAAUGAUUUAGAUUGAUUAGCAUCCUAAUUGCAUGUACAAUUUUACUCGAAAUUAUUAAUUAAAAAAAAAGCACCAUUCGAAAUACAGUAAUAAAUAUGUUAUUAAACACAAAAAUCAGCGUACCUAAUUAGGAUUCUUAUUGGGAAAAAUAUCUUAAUAUAUAGUAGAAUUUAGAAAUUAUUAUGCUUGAAAUUGUGAAAAACAGAAAAUAGUAAUUUUUGUUAGUGUAUAACUUUGAAGAACUAUAAAAACACUACAAAACCGUAUGUAAUAUAGUGCCAAAUUAAAAAACUUAAAGUUCUAAGUAUAAAGUUAUCAUUAAUGGUUUUGUCUAAAAUGUGGUGAGAAAAGUUAACAAAAAAAGAAAUGAAAGCUGUAAUACUUUCAAAUUAGUUACCUUGAAAAAAUUUAAACGAUAUACUAAAUAAAACAGUUUUAUUAGAUAUUGAUGAACAAUUAAUUAAGUAUUUAUAAUUUUUCAAUAUGUCCAUAUAUAAUUUAUUCAAGCGAUUACUAUAUGGUAUUGAGAGAAUGAUACAUUUAAAGACUUUUAUUCAUAUACACAAUAAUUCAGAAUCUCUUUUAUCUGACUUUUUGAUAAAUAUUUUUAAUAUAAAAAGCAAUGUAUUCUAACCUCUAAAAUUAUUGAAAGUGACAUGGACUAAUAGAUGACGGUUUAUGGCCUUGGAUGCCAUAUCUUACCUAGCUUGAAACAGUAAUGCAUGUGCUAUGUUUCUGCAAGAGUUAAAUCUAUAUGCAUAGGUAUAUUUUGUAAAGCUGGAAGCUUCUUUGGAUGUUUCCUAAACUAUACAAUGAUAUAUUUUACUAACCCAAAUUCAAUAGUUUAUUCUUGUAAUUUGAAAGUGCAUGCGAUAUUGCUUUGAAAUUGGAAACGUUUUUACCGUAUCCACUUAUAUUGCUAAUUAUUACUACGUAUAUUAAUAAAAGAUUAUAUAAUAAAAAUAAACCUAUGAAAUAUUGUUUUAAAAUAGAUCACCAUCUAUUUAAUCAUAUUCUCUUUUCUGUUAUAUAUCUCAUCCGUCUAUAUUGAAUAACAUUUUAUCUACCCAAUGAAUUUACCAAAUCGAAUUGUAUAGACACAACUUAUGUGUUAAAUAGUGUAGAUAAACAUAUUAUCAAUAUCUCAAUAGUAUUUGUAUUAAUUAUAUAAACACAGCUAUUUAUUUUCUAAGUUAAUAAUCUAAAUAAUUGUUACAUAGAUCAUUAUGUUAAGGCAUUUAUGAUGUUUGUCGGUAAUAUGGAUUUAAAAACAUGUUUAGACUGUCAUAAACCACUCAUAAAUAGAAUGAUUCCUCGCAUCAUGUUUGUUUGGCAAUUAUAUAUUUAUACAUGAAUCACUUCUGCUUUUUUGCCAUAACAAUAUACCUAAAAUCCUGUACAUGCAAUUGUAUGAUACUAAAUUUAGUGUUAGUUAAGUGCUUUAUUUCCAUUAUCUUUCAGUAUCAUAAUAUAUUAUAUAGUACUCAUAAUAUAUAUAAAGGACUAGUAGUCAGUACAAAUGCAAUAAAAGGUAAUGAUCAUUAUGUUCUAUGAUCUGAAUACCUAGUAUUUAAUGUAUAUUUUGAAUGCUCGGUUAUGAAUAUCUGAGUCCCUAGUAAAUUUACACAGAUUUACAUUUAUGUUUAUAGUACAGAUGGAUUUUAUUAAUAGUUGAUAUAUUUUAAUUUUUAGUUUUUCGAGGGCUGUAAGAAGAAAAUACAGAGAAACUAAUCAUCAUGAGGUAAUAUUGAGAUUAACAGUCUAUGUAUUUUAAUGGGGCUUAAUUUUUAACAACUAAAUCAUCUCCAUUUCGACAUCUUAAUUUUAAAUCAUUCCAUAUAAAUAGUUUUGAUGCAAUAUUUUUAACUACUUUUGUGAUUUUUUUUUUUUUUUUUUAAUAAAGUGUAGUUACUCAAAUAAACAUUCUGUACUCAAUGAAGUAGUAGUAGAGAUUUAUGUAUGUAAUAAAAAUGUUGAAACAAAGAAUAAAUUUAUUGAAAUGUCAGCUUA